CUUUACGUUCACGAUACGUUGACGCCACCUUCUCUUUCAUUACAGGAAUCUAGACAAGGCGUAUCAUUGCAUUACAGAUCGUUUACCCUACGAAUUUAUAGAAAUCUGCAAUGUUAUAACCAAUGUCAUUAGCGUUGCCAUUUUAUAUCUGCCCGACGAAACUUCCGUCUGUUCCCUUCUAAUCUUUUAUGUCGUAUAAUCGCGAUGCAUUCCAAAAAAUCAAAAUACCUGAUAUAUUUCCAUUACGUCUUGAGUAAUUCUUCCCGAUCGAUUGUGAAAAAAUACUCACAUAUCUGUCACUUCGUUUCGAUCUGCCGAACAUUUGAUGCUUCUUUAUUGUUAGGUUGAAGGAUAAAUACUGCUCACGAAAUUAAUACAAAAAUGCAACUUGAAUGAUGAGGAAUUAUUUAGAAAACAAUAUUUUUAUAUUAUUGAAGAACAUUAUAGAAAGGCAAUGAGUAUACGAGGAGGACGGCCUUCCAAAUAUGAUCUGCCAUCCAUGCAAAUAUCAGUUGGAAAAAUCCUACCAAUUUAAGAAAAAAUGUGAAGCUGCUGAUGCUAAGCUUCGUAAGCAUAUGAAAUUAAUACAACAAUUAACUGGUCAAAGUGAAGAAGGAGAAAAUCAAGACAGUAACAGAGAGGAGUUGAAAGAUUCUUCUAGUGGAAAAUCUAAACAAGUUAAACAGCUAUUAGCUGAUUUGGUAUCCACUAAGGGUGACAGUGGACAAGCAGAUGGAGAUCCAAUUGAAGUAACGGAAGAAGAACUUGUUGGUGGUUACAUUUUAGGAAUGAAUUCGGAAAAUUUAGAAAUGGAAGAAACAAUGUCAGAAGAUCCAGAAAAUAUCACAUUAGUACCUGCAGAGGAACGUGCUGCAAAAGCACGUUGCACGAUACGUACAACGCGCAUUAAACAGGAACAAGAAUCUGAAGAUGAGGCAGAAGAAGUACAAAGAGCAAUUGCAAAUGCUGACCACAAAAAUGUUUAUAUGAUGGAAGUUACAAGUAAUAGUUCAGGACAAGGAGAAUCUUUAAAAUUGCAACCGCUUGGUGAUACUAUGGUUGAAACCAGUGAAGAGUUAAAAGUGUUUCAAUGUGACAAAUGUCCAAAAGCAUUUACCCGAAGAAUAAUGUUGAAAAGUCAUCAGUCUGUUCACUCUACGCAAAGAGGUUUUACAUGCCAGGCUUGCGAGAAAUGGUUUCCUACUAGGUCAGCUUUGGUUAGACACGAACGUACUCAUACAGGUGAGAAACCGUUUGGUUGUAAUAUUUGUCAUCGCGCUUUUGCACAGAAAGAAAUUUUACUUCGUCAUCUUAUGACUCACUCUGGCCAAAAACCAUUCCAAUGUCAACAUUGUGAUAAAAGCUUUACUCAACGAGAAGCAUUGAAAGUACACAUGAGGAGACAUCAAAAAUUGGAUCCGAAUGAUAUUCAGUUACAUCAUUGUCAACUUUGUCCUAAAGCUUUUUGUCAUGCAUCUGGACUUAGUAGACAUUUAGUUACACAUACAGGCAGGACAUACAAGUGUGUAGAAUGUGAAAAGUCUUUCACUGAUAAGAGUUCGCUAUUAAGGCACAGUCGUAUUCAUGCACCUAAAAAAAUAGUGACAAAUUAAAUUUAUUUUAAUAAUUGAGUAUCAUUUUCUUUACAAUAUCAGUCAACAUUAAAUUCAAAUUAUACAGAAUAUUUCUGCAGAAUUUUUUAAAUCAUACAUAACAAUAGUUUUGUAUCUUAUAGUAUAAUUUACAAAAUAUAUAAUAACUAAUGAUAACUAUGCACGAAUCCGUACAAUAAUUCUUAAUAUAUUUCUA